GAUUGUAAAAUCAAAACUUCAAGUGAAUCCCAAACAAAUGAUGUGAAUUUUAUUAAUAUUUUUGUUUAAAUUCCUUUGUAGUAUUUUGCAUAAUGUUAACCACACAAUCGGUGAUAAAAGUAACUUGUAUUGCAAUUCUUUCGGAGGUUUUAUAUCAGUUUUCUAAACGAAUAUAUAAAAAACUCAAAAAGAAAAUCAAGCCGGGUAGCCUUACGUAUUCUUUAAUGCAAGUGUACAAAAGUGAGAAGUCUCUAGAUCAUUUAAAUAAAGUACUUUUUUUCCCAGAUCCUGGUUUAACGUGCAAGCGAACAGCUUUUGGACGUAUUUGUAAAGACCAAACUUGCCGCGCUGUUCAUGAUGAGACAUCCUUGAAUUGCUUGUUGAAUGUGUUAAGAUUUACUAACCAUACACUGGAUGUUUGUGUAUACAUGAUAACUUGUAGUGUAUUAGGUGAUGCAUUAGUUGAAUGCCAAGAAAGAGAUGUCAAAAUCAGAGUGAUAACAGAAAUAAGAAACAGUGGGGAAGAAGGUGAAGUCAUUGGUUCACAGAUUGGAAAAUUAAGAACUGCCGGUAUAUCAGUCCGUUGUCGAUCUUCAUCAUUCUGGAUGCACCACAAAUUUCUAGUGGCAGAUAAUGAGAUCUUAGUAAAUGGUUCCUUCAAUUGGACUAAUCAAGCUGUCAUGGGAAACUAUGAAAAUCUCAUAAUUACAAGUGAAGAAACUCUCGUGAAGCCAUUUAUAACAGAAUUCCAAAGAUUGUGGGAUCAUCUUGGUCCUAAAAAUGGCCUUGAAGAGUAAAGUCUUUCAUUAUGCUUUUUAGUCCUCAUAUUUUUUAUAUAA